UAUCUACUUGCUUAUGUUAGUUCAUAAGUACUUGUAAUAAAGUCUAAAAUAUCUUGCAGAAAUUUUAAAAAAUAGUCCGUCUUCAUUACAAUUUCAAGUUUGUUUAUAUUUUAGAUGUUAAAAUAAUUAAUAAUUAAGGAAAGAAAAAUAUAUUCUAUAUUAAUAUUAAACAACUUUCUUUAAUAGUUCUAAAGUUACAACAUGGUACAUGUAGUAUAAAACAAAAGUAUUUUAUUGGCGAUAAAUUGUGUAAGAUAUAAUGUUUCGAAAUCGAAUUUUAACACGAAUAUUGUGGCGACAUGGAGCAAUUAGUAAAAUCGAUUAUGCAAGACCUAGUGCAAUUCGUUUGUGUACGAAUUCAAUAAAUAUGAGAGAACAAGGCACAGUAGCGCUCAAGGAAAGUUAUAUUAAGAAAUUUAUGAAUGCUGUAGGAUGGAUGGACCAAGAUAGGACACGUUUAAAGUUAACGGGAUACUUUCUAUAUGAAUGUGUGCCUGUCAAAGUCGCAUACAAUGAAUGGUUUGAGAUUCUAGAACUCCCAGACACAUUUGCAUCCUGGUUUAUAAUAACUGAACUUCAUGUGUGGUUAUUGCUUGUACGUUAUAUGGCAGAAGAUGUAACUUCCUUAAGUGGUCAAAAAAAUAAGUAUGUUAAAGGAGAUGGACAUUUUGUCAGAAAUUGUAUAAUAGAAGCACUAUGGGCUGAUGUUGCAAAUAGAAUUAAAUUAUUAGAGGGAGCAAAUCCAGCAAUAGCAAGAAAGCAAGUAACAGAACUAUCUGAACAGUUUCAAGCUGCAUUAGUUGGGUAUGAUGAAGGACUUAGUGAUGACAAAAUAUUGGCUGCAGCUAUUUGGAGGAGGUUCUAUUCACUGUCUGAAGACACAAAAGCAGAGAACAUUGUCAAAAUUGUUCACUUUACAAGACAUCAGUUGUCUGAAUUAGAUAAAAUUUCUAGUGAAAAUUUGAGAUGGAAACCCGAAGUUAACUGGUUGAAUAUAAUGAAACAUUAAAAUUAAUAUUGGUUGUUAAAACAGUUGUUGAAGUUUGUUAUAAAGUAAGUGAAGCUAUA